AUGGCACAUAGAUAUCAAUUUUACAAUAACUUUCAACAAUCUCCGCAACCUCUCUACAAACAACAAAGCUUCCGAAUGCAGCCUGAUCAUCUUAUUCGAACUGUUACGACAUCAAAAAUUUUGCAAGAACAACGAGCGGCUGAGGAAAAGGCGAAAGCAGCAAUGCCUCCUUACGGGUUUUUUUUUAAUUUUUUUUUGAUUUUUCUACACUUUUCCUUCAUGACAAUGGAUUUUAUGGGGUUUAGAGUUAAUCAUCGAUGGGGCUGGUUGAGAAAAAAGUCGGGUCGGUUUCGAUCGGUGGGUCUUCAAAUUUUUCUUCUGAUCUGGUUUCGGGUCGGAAAAAGUCCAGGUCUCGGGUAACCCGAUAUACAUC